UUCAUGGCGUGUUUGGUUUCUCGGUCUGGUAGGCAUUUGCAGAGAUACGACAACAUAGGCCGUCGCAUUGUAGUGGGAUGCAUUCCUUACAGAUUUAAGAGAAUGAGUAGGGACUUGGAAGAGGAGGAUGAAUUAAUAAUCUUAGAGGUUCUAGUUGUGAGUUCACGUAAGACCCGCGGCCAAGGAAUGCUGUUUCCAAAGGGAGGAUGGGAAACUGAUGAAUCUAUUGAAGAAGCAGCAACAAGAGAAACAUUAGAAGAGGCUGGAGUUCGUGGUCAUUUCGAUCAGGAAGAAUUAGGACAAUGGAAUUACAAGAGCAAAACUAGGGGAAUAUACCAUGAAGGAAGACUCUUCCCUUUACUAGUGACCGAACAACUAGAUCAUUGGCCAGAAAAAGAUUUCCGUCAAAGACUAUGGAUGAAUGUGGGUGAAGCUAGAGAAGUUUGCAAGUGGUGGUGGAUGAAAGAGGCCUUAGAUUUGUUAGUGGAUAGACUUUCCAAACCAAAUAACUCAUUGAACAAAGCCUAG